UAUUUGUUUAUUGAUUGAUGUGUCAACAUUCGAUUUUUGAUCAUCAUAUUAAGAAUUUAUUUGUUUUUCUCUGGACAAAAAUGGCUAAUAUUAAAGAAGCAAAUGAUUGUUAUUCAAGAGCGGAAAAAGCUCUCAAAACUGGCCUGAUGAAAUGGACACCAGAUUAUGAAAUAGCAGCCAAUGAAUAUAGCAAUGCUGCAAAAAUAUUUCGUCAAGUUCGAAUACCAGAAAAAGCCAUUGAAGCGAAUUUAAAAGCGGCUAAUUGUUAUGAAAAAUCACGAUCAUAUUUUUCUGCUGCCAAAUGCUAUGAACAAGCUGGAGCCAUUUCAAAAGAGAUGAAAGAAUGGGAUAAGAUGAUUGGAUAUUAUGAAAAAUGUUGUAUGUAUUAUCGUGAACAUGGUGUACCAGAUACGGCUGCAUUGACUUUUAACAAAAUUGCUGGUGUUCUUGAAACGAUAAAACCAGAAAAAUCAGCUGAAUGGUAUGGACGUUGUUAUGAUAUUACAAUGAAUGAAGAUCGUUAUCUUCAGGCUGCCGAAUAUGCUAACAAAGCUGUACGAAUGUAUUUAAAAUUGAAAAAUUAUGAUGAAGCCAUUAGAUUAUCGGAUAAAGCAUUCGAAGCAUAUAUAACUGGCGGAGAAGAACGUUCAGCUGGACGUCAAACGGUUACUACGGUUAUUAUACAAUUAGCACGUGAUGAUAGUGUUGCAGCACAAAAAGCAUAUAUGGCAAAUAAGACAUACAUUCAUCAAGAUGAACGUUAUACAUUGGAUCAAUUAUUUCAAGGAUUUGAUCAAUUUGAUAAUACAACAAUCAAUCAGGCAUUAAAAUCACCAUUUUUAAGCAGUAUGGACAAUGAAAUUGUUAAGAUUGUACGAGAUUUACUUUUGAAAUAUCAACCAAAAACUGAUACAGGUGAUCAAUACAAUCCAUCGAAUGCUAAUAAUGAUGAUGAUUAUGAUGAUGAAGCUGGUGCCGUACUAUAAAAAUAAUAAUAAUAAUGAUGAUGAUGAUUGC